AGUUUGAAUAUCUAUUGUCUUGUCCCAUAUUUCUAAUCUACAGACUAGAACAAAUUUCAAAGAUCAAGUUAAAUUAUUCUCUUCUAAAAAGCACUAGCAGAUCAGUGUCAGAAAGUCGAGUUUUCUUCGUAUUCUAGAAGAUAAAAAGGAAUGGCACAUCACUACCUCACCUGGGUUGUCGUGGUCCAUUGAAUUUCAUUGAUUGGCUCACUCUUGUCGGACUUGACUAUCACAAUAGUAGAUCAAGAAAGAGCAGCCAUCAUACUUAUAGACAAAUAAGAAGAAAAAGAUGCAAGCAUUUGAUUAUACGUGGAUCUUUGCUGUCGGUAUGGUGGUAGCAUUCAUGGAUGCCUUUGGUAUUGGUGCCAAUGACGUCUCUAAUUCGUUUGCUACAUCUGUCUCUUCGGGUUCAUUGACACUUAUUCAAGCAUGUGUUAUUGCCUGCUUUACAGAAUUUGGUGGUGCUGUUCUUUUGGGUGCUGAAACCGCUGAGACUAUCAAAGGCGGCAUUUUAUCUGUUUCUUAUUAUGUCCAACAACCCGAGAUGCUCAUGUUGGCCAUGAUGUGCGCUAUUAUCGGUUCUGCAAACUGGGUAUUAAUUGCUACUCGAUUUGGCUGGCCUGUCAGUACAACACACUCUAUUGUUGGUGCUAUCAUCGGUGUUGGUAUCUCUGCUUUUGGUGUAAACUCGAUCACUUGGGGAUGGGAUGGUGUUGCUCAAAUCAUUACCUCUUGGUUUCUUUCACCUGUCUGUGCUGGUAUAGUUGCUGCUAUUAUUUAUUCAAUCACCAAGUAUGCCAUUUUGCGCCGUGUAGAUAGUUUCAAAUGGGGUAUUCGCUUAGUACCUGUCUACUUCUUCUUUACUGCUGCUAUUGAAAUCUUUUACAUCAUUUACAAAGCACCAGGUGGCGGUUCUAAAAAAAUGUCUAUUGGUGUCAUUCUUGCUAUUUCUUUUUCAUGUGCUUUUGCUUGUGCAUUGUUUGGCCAAUUCUUUUUCUGUCCUUGGGUUGUUCGCCGUAUCAAAGGAAGAGAAAACAUCAAAUGGUACCAUAUGUUUGUCAUCCCUUUUUUAAAGAAGCAGCCUACUAUUGAUGAAGUUGACGUUGAACAACAUGCUAGCUCUCGUUCGGCAUCUAUCCAAAAUACUCAAAAUGAAGCUGAUGGCCUUGACGAAGUCUUAACUCCUGGUGAGGUUGACGAGAAGUUGAAAAAACUUGGUGCUGAAAAUGAAGAUGCUCUUGCUGAAGAAAAAGAAGAAGUAGAAGAUCAAAAGAAGAAUGGCUGGUUUAAUUCCAAGGUCAAGACUUAUAAGGAAAAAGCUGUCAAUAUGGCUCUUCACGGUCUUCGUCAAGAUGUUCGUAACCUCGAGAACAAAAAGCUCCAAAAUGUCCACGCUCAUACUGAACUUUUUGAAGAUGAUGCUGAAUACUUGUUCUCGUUUUUGCAAAUCAUCACUGCUUGUAUGGCAUCUUUUGCUCAUGGCUCCAACGACGUCUCAAACGCUAUUGGCCCCAUCGCUUCUAUCUAUGAAGUUUGGACUACUGCUAACGUUGAUGUAACUGGCAAGGUCCCUAUUCCUAUUUGGAUUCUAGUUUAUGGUGGUAUUGGUAUUGAUAUUGGUCUUGCUUUGAUGGGCUACCGUGUUAUGCGAGCCAUGGGUAAUAAUAUCACUUACUUCACUCCUUCAAGAGGUUUCUGUGCUGAAUUAUCAGCUGCCUUGACUGUAUUGACUUGUUCUCAAAUUGGUUUGCCUGUUUCCACUACACAUUGUAUUACUGGCGCCUCUGCUGCUAUUGGUCUUUGUAACACAAACGGCUACAAGGCUGUGAACUGGAAAAUGCUAUCCUGGUGCUUCUUUUCUUGGUUUAUUACUUUGCCUUGUGCUGGCUUGGUGUCUGGCCUUUUAUUUGCUGUGUUUGCCAAUUCACCUAAAUUUGUUUAAACCCUUUUUAUUUCCUUAUAUUUAUCACCUAAUAAAUUGUAAAUAGAACUCAAU